AUGGCGGCGAGUCACCGUUCUUUUUUAUGUGAACUUCCAAAAGAUGAAAAUAAUCAAGAUUCAAAAAAUCUCUCUUUAGAACAUGUCACUUCAAAUGAACUUAAACCAAUUCUACGAGCUGUUAAAUCCAAUAACAUGACCAAAGUUUGGAAAUUUUAUAGAACUUUGGUGGAAGAAAAUAAAUUACAUCUCUUAACUCCAAUUCACCAUUCUUUAAUAUUAAAAGUUUUUGAUAUUAAGAAAGAACCAUUCAAUAUUAAUAAUGUUAAAAUGAUUAAAUCCACUUUACUUUAUAUUAUUGGUCAAAUGAAAUUAUUAGGACAUCAACCAAAUGUGAUGGAUUAUACACAUUUAUUAAAUGUAUUUAGUAGAGUGAAGGAAGCAAGACUUUGUGAAAAAUUUUGGAUUGAAUCAACUGGAAAACAAGGAAUUAAACCAUCCAUCUAUAUGUUUAAUUCUUAUUUGGCUUCCUGUUUACAAAAGGAUGAAAGAUUUUUAGGAAAAGCAAGUUUAAUUAUAAAAACAUUAAUUGAAAGUGAAUUAACUCCAAAUUUAACAACUUAUUCUUUAUUAAUAAGAUUACAUUGUUGUGCAAGAGAUUAUGAAGCAGCACAAGAAAUACUUGAUCAACAAUUUUCUAUAAAUACUAUUUCUCAAUUAUCUUCACAAUUAUCUCAAUUAACUAAAGAUUCCAAAGAUUCCAAAGAUUCUAAAGAUUCAAAUGAUUCUUCACAAUCAUCUAAAGAUUCCAAAGAUUUCAAAAAUUUCAAAAAUUUCAAAAAUUCCAUAGAUCAUUUAAAAGAUUCAAACCAGGAAUAUUUACAUUGGGAAUUAAGAUUACAUAAAUGGGCUAUGGUUAGAGCAUUAAGAUCAAUGAUAGGAUUAUAUGGAUAUUCAGGAAAAUUUUCAGAAAUGGAAAAUUGUUUUAAAAUGUUAACAAAUUAUACCAAACCGGAUAUUAAAUUAUUUAAUUCAAUGAUAUUACAUUCAUGUGAAAAUUCAAAUAUUGAAAAAGCUCAACAAUAUUUAGAAGAAAUGUUUACAAUUUAUGAGAUUAAACCUGAUCCUUUAAUACUUCGUCCCAUAAUAAAAUUAUUAUGUAUUCAAGGUAAAACUAGAUUAUCAUGUGAAAUGUUGGUGAAGAUGAAAUCUAAAUUUAACAUCAAUCCUUCGGAUUAUAGUUUAGCGACUAUUUUUAAAACGAUGAUUAAAAAAAAAAGAUUCGAUGAUGCUAAUGAAUUUGUUAAAGAAUGGAAAAUUCCCGAGACAAUAAUUGUUAUAACGAUUCGUCUUGGUUUCUUAGUAGUUGAAUUUUCUGGUGGAGUCGCAUUAGAUUUUGCUAGUUGGAGUUUAAAGAAAUUUAUUGAUAUCGAUAAUUUUGAAGAUAGAUUUCUUCCAAAUAAUUUUGUUAGUAAUGAUGAUUAUUUCAUGAUGGCAACAACGGGAGAAUGGACGAAUCUGGUAAAUGAUGGAAAAUGA